UCUGAGCUGCAAGAAGAUGCAGAAGGUUGACAUCAACGUGGCUUCUCUCCCCAGCAUUGGAGGGGAUGACAGUCUGAAAUGCAUUUUUGGCAAUUUUGAAAGUGAAGCGAAAAUGGGCGACUCAAAGGUCACUUGUGAUCUGCCGAAAGUCACCGAGAUUCCUGUCACUCCCAAAAAUAAAGAUUUCGUCCAAGUGGCCGCGAAGAUCUUUGUGAAUGACGAGGUGGAGUUGGCGUCCAGCUACUUCACCUUUUAUAACUGCAGCGCAGCCGCGAGGCAGGCGGAGAACACACCGUGCAUGUCGUGUGUGGACAGCAAGUGGAGCUGCCAGUGGAACACUCAGGAAUUCAUCUGCGAUGACAGCGAUGACUCCGUGGGUGAUCACAUUAUCAAACAUAAAGAAGGAGGUAAGUGCCCAGUAUUUGAGAAUCCGACUCCGUCUCUCAUUCCUGUGGGUUACGAAACCUCCAUCGAGUUCACUGGAAAAAACCUCCGUGUUUAUGAGGGCAGAGAAUUCAAGAUUGGCACCGAGCUGAUGGUGCCCACUGAGGAAAUGGUCACUAUAAAAGAUUCAAACUACAGUUUAAAGGGAUGCAAGUUUGCCUAUGACGAAGCGCGAACAGUUGACGUGCUCUUCUACAUCAAGGACAGAAAGACACAUAAGAAGAUUGACAGCAAACUAAACGUGACGCUAUACAACUGUGCUGUGGGCCGUGAGGACUGCAGCCUGUGCAAGAGUGCAGACCCCAUGUACAGUUGUGUGUGGUGCGAUAAAACCAAGUCCUCCGAGUAUCGGAAAAGAUGUCCGAGUGGUGAGCGGAGGAGGGACUGUCCCAACCCUGAAAUCACUGAUAUCAUACCUCAGUAUGGGCCUCUGAAAGGGGGGAUUUCAGUAACCAUCAAAGGCUCCAACCUGGGUAUCGUGAAAGAGGACAUAGAGAGCAUCAGAGUGGCCGGAGAGCCCUGCGUGCACCAGGAAGAGAAGUACUUCGUGUCCACCAGCGUGGUGUGUGAGAUCGGUGGAGUCCAACAGAAACAGUCAGGGGUUGUGGAGGUGAAGGUGAAAGGAGGGAAAAGCGGGACGUCGAGUGUCAUGUUCACAUACAGGGAUCCCAGACCCGAAAGGGUCCAGCCUAACCGAGGCCCACGGGCGGGAGGAACUCUUAUCACAAUAACAGGAACGGAUCUGGAAACCGGUACCAAGGAUGACGUCAGCAUCACUGUCGGCGGGGUGGUGUGUAUCGUGGAGACAUUCCAGAAAAAUAUAACCUGCAAAACCGGAGAGUACACGGUACAGAAGGUCCCCUCUGAUAACCUGACAGUGACAGUGAAGUACGGGAAGCACACCACGAAAGAUGUGCCUACGCCGUUCAGGUUCUUUGAGAAUCCUAAACUGGAUCACCACUAUCCAGACACAAGUUUUGUAUGUGAGGGGCGGAUCAUUUUUAUCGUCGGCACCGGGUUUGACCUCGUCCAGAACACUGCCGUGAAAGUGAUGCCCUCCAGCGAGCAGUCAGGCGUCACCAGUCCACUGAAGGUAAAAGGCGAAAAUGACACAGUAAUGCAGUUCUCCUCCCCGACGGUGAACGUGACCGAUGGGAUAGCAUCUCUCAGGACCUACAUCGUCAUGGACAACAUUGAGCUUGAGCUCAAGCCUUUUGACUACCACCCGGAUCCUACGUUUGAAGAGAACCAAAAAAGGAUUGUUUCAGAGAACAGCAUCAUAUCUGUAACUGGUAAAGGUUUCGCCAAAGCAAUGACAGCCCAAGAAGCAGAAGCCUUUGUGGGAGACGUCUCUUGUGGGGUCAGCAUCUUACAGGAUGACAUGCUCUUCCUGGACUGGACCCAACCAACAUCUUGCUUUAAGAGGCCCAAGAGAGACACAAAGUCAGAUUUGCUGGAACUUAAGAUUAAGUUCGGCCAUGGGCAGUGGAUUGUAGGCUCAGUGGAGUAUGAAAAGAAGACUGAGGCAUCCUGGACAUCUCCCCUGGACAUCAUAAUUCCUGCAGUGAUUGCCCCGAUGGUGGGGAUCACCAUAAUCAUAAUCAUAGCCUCAGUGUGCUGCUACAGGAAGCAAGCUGAGAGAGAAUAUGAGAAACUGAGGCAGCAGCUCGAGAACCUGGAGGGGAGCGUUCGUGACCGCUGCAAGAAGGAGUUCACAGAGCUCAUGAUUGAAAUGGAGGACCACACUGCUGACCUCAGUGAACCCUGUAUCCCCUUCCUGGACUACAAGACCUACACAGACCGCGUUUUCUUCCUGCCUUUCAAGGACAGCGCCAGUGACGUGAUGAUCACUGGCAAGCUGGACAUUCCUGAGGCGAGGAGGGCCACAGUGACGCAGGCCCUCAACCAGUUCCUCAACCUGCUGAAUAGCAAGCCUUUCCUUCUCAGUUUCAUCCACACCUUAGAGGGGCAUCCUGACUUCAAUGCCCAGUCAAAGGGCUACUUUGCCUCCCUGCUGACGGUGGCGCUUCACGGCAAGUUGGACUACUACACAGACAUCAUGAGGACACUCCUGUUAGAACUCAUGGAACAAUAUGCCCGGAGCAAGAACCCCAAGCUCAUGCUGCACAGGUCGGAGACAGUGGUGGAGAAAAUGCUGUGCAACUGGAUGUCUAUCUGUCUCUAUCAGUUCUUGAAGGACUCGGCAGGAGAGCCUUUGUACAAGCUGUUCAAAGCCGUCAAACACCAAGUGGAGAAAGGCCCAGUGGAUGCUGUCAUGAAAAAGGCCAAGUACACGCUGAAUGACACUGACCUGCUGGGGGACGACGUGGAGUACUGUACGCUGACUCUGCAGGUCCUCGUUCACGGGGAAGGGCCAGGUGUCACUUUGGUCAAGGUACUCAACUGUGACACCAUCUCCCAAGUGACGGAGAAGAUCCUUGAGCAAGUGUACAAAAAUGUGCCCUAUUCUCAGAGGCCCAAGGUGGAAAGCGUCACUCUCGAAUCUGCUGGGCAGAUUCUGUCGGACCUUGACUUGACAUCGCAAAAGGAGGGCAGAUGGAAGCGCAUGAACACUUUGGCCCACUAUGACGUGCGAGACAACGCCAUUCUCGUCCUGUCUAGGGUCCUGCAUCCUCUGCAGUCUUAUGACCAGCACCAGGACAGUCAUGAAGAGAGAAAUGCUCUGCUUGAAGAGGACAAGGUGUUCCACCUGGUGCGGCCAGCAGAGGAGGUGGAUGAGGUCAAAUCCAAGAGGGGCAACAUGAAGGACAAGUCGAUGACCAAAGCCAUCACAGAGCUUUAUUUGAUGCGGUUGCUGUCUGUCAAGGGCACUCUACAACAGUUUGUGGACGACUUCUUCCGCAGUGUCCUCUGUUCAUCCGUUGGGCCCCCAGCAGUCAAGUACUUUUUUGACUUCCUGGACGAACAGGCACAGAAGCACGACAACGUGGAUGACCAGACCAUUGACAUCUGGAAGACCAGCAGCUUGCCUUUGAGGUUCUGGGUGAACAUCCUGAGGAACCCCCACUUCAUCUUCGACAUUCACGUGAACGAAGUGGUGGACGCCUCCUUGUUUGUUAUUGUCCAGACCUUCAUGGAUGCCUGCACCAAGAGCGAGCGCAAGUUGAGCAGGGAUUCCCCGAAUCACAAAUUACUCUAUGCAAAGGAAAUCUCCACAUACAAGAAGAUGGUGGAGGAUUACUACAAGGGCAUCAGGGAGAUGGUGCCCGUCAGCAACCAGCAUAUGAACACCCACUUAGCGAAGGUGUCACGGUGAGGAGCCAGAAGAUCUUACCUUCAAAGGGGGUGUAGAUAUGGCUGCUUCGGAUGCGCUGUCCCCUCCAGGUGGCGUCCACUCCCAGUACUCUACCUUGUGUAACAGUUAAUAUGCUUACAUAAAACUUCGUUCACCAAAGAGAAUGCCAACACCUGUUGAGUGGAUGCCACCCACACUCCAGUAUGAUCUACCUUUCCUCCAACCCGAAGAGAAAAUGGCCACAUCCCGCUGAUCUCGAAGGUGGACUUCCUGUAAAAAACAUAACUGCAAGGCAGAGGCUGCCAGCCUGUCAAACAUCGCUGCUCUUUUCAAAACAUUCUUCAGUCCUCUGACAUUUAAGGUUAAAAUUUUAAAAUCAGCCAUAAAAGGGAGCAAAUUAGCAAAUGUUAUUGUUGCAAUCCAGAUAUGAUUUCUUUAGUAGGGGCCUAAUA